AUGGCUUUCCGCAACAGUCCGUGGAGGAACCACAACAGCACCUUCCCCGUCAAAGAGUCUUACAUCUCGGAGCAAGGAGAAACCAUAAUUGGCAUCUACCUGCUGAGCCUGGGCUGGUUAUCCUGGUUUGGAAACAGUGUGGUGAUGUUUGUGCUGUUCAGACAGAGGGCAACUCUACAGCCACCAGAUUACCUAACCUUUAACCUGGCCAUCUCAGACGCCAGCGUUUCCCUCUUCGGAUACUCCCGUGGGAUUAUGGAGAUUUUCAAUGUAUUUCGAGAUGACGGUUUCCUCAUCACAUCCAUAUGGACUUGUCAGGCUGAUGGAUUCCUCACGCUGCUCUUCGGUCUGGUGAGCAUUAAUUCACUGACAGUGAUCAGCAUCGUAAGAUACAUCAAAGGCUGCCAUCCAUACAGAGCUCACUGUAUUGGCACUGGGAGUAUAAUGGUGUCACUGAGCCUGAUCUGGGCUGCUGCUCUCUUCUGGUCGGGUGCCCCGCUGUUUGGCUGGGGCAGUUACACAGACCGCCUGUACGGGACGUGUGAGAUAGACUGGGCCAGAGCAAUGUUCUCCACCGUUUACAAAUCCUACAUCAUCUCUGUCUUCACCUGCUGCUUCUUCCUGCCCGUCUCCGUCAUGGUCUUCACCUACGUCUCCAUCAUCAAGACGGUGAAGUCCAACCGCGCGCUGGCCGUAGACGGUGGCGUGGGAGAGCGCCAGAGGAAACUGGAGAGGGACGUCACUCGGGUUUCCAUGGUCAUCUGCACGGCGUUCAUCGUGGCCUGGUCUCCCUACGCGGUGAUCUCCAUGUGGUCAACAAGUGGCCGCCACGUCCCGGCCUUCACCAGCCUGCUCGCCAGCCUCUUCGCCAAGUCCGCCAGCUCCUACAACCCCCUCAUCUACUUCGGCAUGAACUCCAGGUUCCGCCGGGACGUGUGUGCGCUGCUGCCCUGCGCCGCCGGCAAGGAGGGGGUGAAGCUGAAGCGGGUGAAGCGCUGCCCGGAGCUGGAGAUGGGGAUGAGCCCGGAGCCCGAGAGAGCCGCUGCUACCGGGGCCGCUGCCGGAGCCCAGCUCCCGGGGACCAGCGACAUGGAAUGGUCCCACCUCCCCAACAGCCAGAACUCGGGCUACGAGUGUGAGAGGUUGUAG